CUCUUCACGAUGGGGAGGAUUGGCAAGGAAGUGGCAGGUCAGGUCAUCACCUUCAUCGGCCUGGUCGGAGUGUCGGUGACAUGCGGGAUCCCCAUGUGGAGAGUGACCUCCUACAUCGGAGCCAACAUUGUGACAGGCCAGGUAGUGUGGGACGGUCUGUGGAUGAACUGUGUGAUGCAGAGCACCGGGCAGAUGCAGUGCAAGCUGAAUGAUUCAGUGAUGAGGCUUUCCCCCGAUCUGCAGGCCGCCCGAGCCCUGGUCAUCAUCUCCCUCAUCUUCGGCUUCAUCGGCUUCAUCAUCACCUUCAUUGGAGCCAGAUGCACCGGCUGCCUGAAGAAAGAUUCAUCUAAGGCCAAGGUGGUGAUCAUAUGUGGCUGUCUCAUCAUUAUUUCCGCCAUCCUGGUCCUGAUUCCUGUGUGCUGGUCUGCAGCCAUCACCAUCGCAGACUUCCGGAGCCCCAUAGUCAUCGAGACACAGAAGAGGGAACUCGGAGCCGCCAUUUACAUCGGCUGGGCCUCUGCUGCAAUUCUUCUGGUCGGUGGGAUCAUCCUAACCACUUCCUGCCCUACUCGAAAAUCCAUGUAUGGAUAUCCAGGCUACCCACCAGCACCCAUGUAUCCUUAUGCAACACCAGUAAGUCCAGCAAACUAUGGUCCUGUGUACGCUCCCCCAUCCAGCCGAUCAUACACAGGGACGGGGACAUAUGUACCCGGCAAACCAUAUGUGGCACCACCCGUAUACGCCGGUGGACAGUACCUCUGA